AUGCGAUUGGCCUUGAUUUUGGCGAGUCUGGCACUGAUCCGGGCCGAGAUUUGGACCGAGGCCGAUGAGUCGAGGAGGAUUAACCAGGUAUGGCAAUUUCCGAAAUUUAAAAAUGAUUGUUAGGUGUUUAAAAAUGACAGAAAAGUCUUGUCAUUGGUUCAUAGAGCAGUAGGCUACCUUAACUCACCCUACUCUACUGUUCCCUUCCCUACCCUACAUUAUCCUGUCUAUCCUACCAUACCCUGGCUUGGCUCGGCUUGGCGUGGCUUGGCAUCCAUUGCCUUGUCUUGUCCUGCUCUGUCCUUUCCUGCCCUGCCCUGCUAUGGCAUGUACUGUCGUGUACAGUGUUUUGCCGGGCCCAUCCGGUCCGGACCGAAAAUUUUCCGGACCGAAAAAAAAGUUCCGGACCGGUCCGAAAAAAAAAAUUUUUUUAUUUUAAUAAAACUGUUUUAAAAAUUGCAAAUAAAACAUAUUUUUAAGAGUUUUUAAACGUAAAGAAAGCAGUUUUAGCGCUCCUGGCUCUUUUUAAAAAUAAAAAAAAAAUUUUCCGGACCGGACCGGACCUGACCUUUUUGGUCCGGACCUGAGCGAAAAAAAAUAGAGCCGGACCGGACCGAAAAUUUUUCGGACCGGACCGGACCAAAAAAAUUCUCAUCCGGACCGGUCCGGCAAAACACUGGUCGUGUACUCCUCUGCCUUGCCGCUCCCUUCUCAUCUCUUGUGCUGCCCUACGCCACUCUACCCCUAUUGUUCUUUGUCCUAACCAUUUUUCCUGUAUCACCGUACUACUACCAUACCUUACCUAUACCCUACUAUGUCUCCCGACCUAUCAGAAUUUUUUUAAAAUUUACGUCCAAAUUUAAAAUUCCAAACCUAAGUCUCAUUGACUGCCAUUUUUACAUAAACCCAUCUACUGCCACUUUACAUAUUCCCAUGUACCUUUUGCUGCUGCUCAUUGUUAUUUACUCGUCGAUUUGUCACCCUCAAUUUGUUUCCCGCUGUCCUUUUGUCGGAUCGUAAUUUAUGCGUAAAUCGGAUGCUUCCAAAACAUUCCGUCCGCUAACAAUAAAGUCAUGGAGGUAGAGACAUGAGCAACGGGCCGGGCUGGGGCAAAAUAAAGAAUGGGCUGGGCUUAAAAAUUGGGUCUGGCCAGUUUCUCAUGGCUAAAUAGGAGCUAGGGCCGAUUUUGAUUAUAGUCCUAGCCCUAACCAAGCAAAUUGAAAAAAAUUUUAAAUUUUAUAAAUUUUUGAAAAAACUGAAAUUUUUAAAAAUUUUUGAAUUUUCAAAUUUUUGAAAAAAAAACUCAUUUUAAGGUCUCAAAAAAGUCUUGUCGCAUUUUUAAAAGCUUCAAACCCUAGUAUCUGCCAUUUUAUAACCAUCCUCAAUUAAAAAAAUCUUUAAUAUGAUUAUUUUCUUAAUUUAGGUAUAAAAUUGUAAAGGUUAAUCCAAUUUCCUGCGAACUUUCCAAGUUUGAUCAAUAAAAAACUUGAACUAAUCGGUUUCCGCUUCAAUGGCCCUUCAAAUGAACACUUAAAAUAGAUUUUGAGUAAAAAAAAUCUCAAAAUAUUGAAAAACAAUCGUCUGGUCUCACAAUACCGUUCUUAUAACUAUAAUUAAAGCACAGUAUUGAUAAAAUACAAUAUACGAACACUAAAAAGUUUUGUCGUGAAUUUACAUUGAAUUACAGGCUAAUAAACGACAAAACUUUUUGGACGGCAAACUAUUGUUGCAGAAUGUUUAAAAAUCAAUUUUUUAGAUCAGAAAGACCCUCCUUUGUAAUAUUUUGUACCCUACUACUUUUUAAAACUUCAAAAAAAAAUUUAACUGAAAAUUAAGAUAGCCCUACUUCAAUAUAAACCUAAACAUGAACCUAACCUAAAACCAUUUUCAGCUAAAACAAGAAGAAAGCCGAGCGUUCGAGCUGCAAAUGCACGGUGCAAACCCAUUCGCUGGUAACCCACAGAGUAUUUACACCAGUGGCAGUGCUGGAUAUUCACCACGUUUCGGGUAUGAUCCUUAUGUUGGGCCGGUUCAUUAUGAACGCAAAAGUAAGAGUUUACAAUUUCAUAUGCUAAUAUUCAAAAAUCAGCCUAUAAUUCAGCACAAUAUUCUUUAUAGAAUAACUUAG